CUAUUUCGCGAACUCCUUCAGAGCGCUCAGUGUUUUGUCGGCUUCGGAGAAAAUGGCACUACCCUACGAAUUCAAAGCUGCAGAUGUUAUAAAAGAAGGAAGAUGCAGUCAAGAACACGUCAACGAAAUAAAAAAGUGGUUAAAGCCCGCACCGCUUCUUCAGAUGCAAGACGAGUUAAUUGUUUUGUUGCUUUUGUCGUGCGAAAACGACGUCGAGGCCAGUAAAAUCACUCUAAAAAAUUAUUUUAGAAUCAAGAAAAAGGCACCCGAAUUGUUCAGCAACCAAGAUAUUGACCAUGCAAGUUUGGAAAAAGCCAGCCAAGUUUCAAUUAGCAGCAGUCUUCCUAAGCGGAUAAAUAAUUCUGUAAUACAUUUAUAUCGGCUACAGGACUACGACUACAGAAAUUUUGUCAUGGAAGAUGUCUUCAAACUAGCUUUCAUGACCAUCGCCAUCAGUCAGAUGUAUUCUCCCCCCGAUAACCAGAUUGUAUUAAUUGACAUGGAGGGUAUUACUCUUAUGCACCUAACCUGCAUUAAACUCACUGUUCUAAAAAAUUUUAUCGACUUUUUACAAGACGCCAUCCCGCUGCGAAUAACAAAAAUUCAUUUCUUCAAUGUGAACUACGUCGCAGAGAAAGCUAUUGCUAUAUCAAAACUGUUCAUGAAAAAACAACUGGUUGAAACGAUGGAAAUACACCCGACAAGUAUGAAGAUUGAGGAAUUUCAUCAAAAAUGGAUACCUGCUACACAUCUGCCGAAAGAAUACGGCGGCGAUUUACCCAGUUAUAUUGAACUGAACGACAAAAGCAACCAAUAUUUUCGAAAGUUGAAGCCUUUCUUCGAAGCUGAAGAAAAAUUAGUUGCUGACUGUGAUUUGAGUUAUUUGCCUAAGUAGUUAAAAAUUAUUGUAUUAUUUUUCAAGCGGUAGUUAAAGUAAGUUGUUACCAGGUUUGUUUGACCACUUAUCAAAGUUUGACAUUUCAUCUCUCCAAAACAGUAGUGUCAUCAUCAUAUUUGAUAUUUUGAUAACUAAUUGAAAAUUACUGAAAAUUAAAUAAAUUUAUUUAUGACUUGUCUGGUACUUUUUAAUUUAGAUUCAUCACAAAUAGGAAAUAAAUAUAUGUAC